AUUGUUUACUUUAACUCUUUAAUUUUGUUUUAUUUCAAUUGAUUUGGAAUUUGUUUGAUCAGUUUAUUAAAUUUUAUUGUCUUGUCGAGUUUCUGCUGAUUGUGAUUGUUGCUAUUUUUGCUUCUUUUUUUUCUGUUCUCUUGUGUUGAGUGUAAACAUGGCGGACGAUUAUGAGGAUCGUGAGGAAAUUUUUGAUGAUUUUGAUGAAGAGCCACCGGCCGAUGAGGCCAUGGAGGCGGAUAAUUUUGAUGUUCUAGAUGCUCCUGGGGGCACUGAAACUGGGCGACAGAAUAUCAAUAGAGUGACCACUCCCUAUCUUACUAAAUAUGAAAGAGCAAGAGUUAUUGGCACUCGUGCCUUACAAAUUGCCAUGUGUGCACCGAUUAUGGUUGAACUUGAUGGAGAAACUGACCCUCUGGACAUUGCACUUAAAGAGUUAAAAGCCAGGAAAAUUCCUAUUAUCAUCCGUCGAUAUUUACCUGAUGGUUCAUAUGAAGAUUGGGGAAUCAACGAAUUGAUUAUGACUGAGUAAUUUGCUUGUUGAAGUCAUUCAACAAGAUGAACACAUUAACACUCAACUCUGAGAAAAUGAAUUAAUUAUUGGCCGUUUGUGAGCAAAAGUUUUGCUUCUUAAUUCCGUUCAUUGGUUUGCUCUAUUCCUCGAUAAUUUAGUUCUCAUCAACUUUCAAACUCUCUCAUUAUCAUAAAACAAAAGAAAAAUAGAUUCGAUUCUGUAAUGGUUAAUGUCUAGGAUUUCCCGUUGUUGUUAGAAUUUAUUUCCACAUUGAACAUAAUCAACAUAUUUUUUUUUGUAAUAAAUAAUUUUUCUUCUUCAAUUCAUUAAAAAGGUCACGGCCGAUUCACUUGUA